AUGAAAUUAAUAAAACCAAUUACUCUUGGAAUUCAAAAUUGCAUCCGAAUUUUAAUGAAUUUGUAGAAUAUAAUAAAUGUAAAGAAUUAUUGUCAAAUUUGGAUUUAGAUUCUUAGAAGUUUAGCUGAAUAAUAAAAUUAAAUCAAAAUACAUCCUUAACAAUAAUGUAAUUAGAAUCAAUAAUAAAUAUUAUAAAUAGGAGAAAUCAAAUUAAAGUUAAUUGAUUAAUCUAUUAAAUAAAUUAUCAAAUGUAAUGCAAUUUUUUUAGAUUCUUCUGGAUCAAUAAUGGUAUCAACCGAAAAGAAUGAUAUUAAUAUCUGAAGUUUUCUUAAAGAAACAAUCAAAUUAAUAACAGUUGUGCAAGGACAUAAUAAUUGGAUUUAAUGUUUAGUUUAUAGUAAGAAAAAAAUUCCUUUGUUUCGGGUGGUGGAGACAUGAGCAUAAGAUGUUGGCAGCGAUUGGAUUAAACUAUUUGGAUCAGUUAUAUAUAUCAUAGAGAUUUUUUAAGUUGCAUUUUAUUGAAUUCAAAUGAAGAUUUACUAUUUUCUGGAAGUGAUAAUGGAUAAAUUAUAGUUUGGAAGGCUAGUUUAAAUGAGAAUAAAUUAUCAUGUUUUUAUUCUUUAGAUCAACAUAACAAUUCAGCAUGA